ACUAAGCUAUUGUGGGCGGGAAAAAGUUAAUGUUGUGAAGUUAAAGUUGUGUGCGUUUUGCAAUGAUUUAUACAUUGUUUUAAUAGAUUGUACACUCUAGAUGUGACACUUCGAACCUAGUUUUAUAAUGUGUUUAAAUACAGACAUGCAUGUAUACGGACAAAUGUUAAUUUUGUGGAAAGAGUUAUGACAGACUUCACGUGUCAGUCUUGUUCAGGUCAAAUUGUGUAAGACCUUGUAGCAAGAGUAAACAGGCGGUCACCACAAGACACCAGUGCCAUCAAACACUGUAGACUACGAUGAUCCUUAGUAACGAGAAGCUGAGUAGUGUGAUGUAUUAGGAGUAUUUUCGAAUCUAGAGAUACCCCAUGACUUGAUGAUUUUCAACAAAACUUGCUUGCAAGUUCGAACAGUGAGUUUGUUGGGCAGCAAUGGAACAUUCCAAUGGAGCUUUCUAAAAGUGGGUACAGAGAAUAUACCAUGAUUUGCGUGACCACGUCUCUUUUUGCACCAGUUUGUGUACUGAACAAACAAAAUAAUCAGUGUGGGAACAAAAGUAUUGCUGACUAGUGAGAGUGAUGAAGCACAUGCUCUGAUACUGUAUUUCUUCAAAAAAAAUAAAAUGGAACUAACUAAGCAAUUUCCUGAUCGAGACAAGUUGACAGCAGAACAGUGUGCAAAUAUUUAUUGUGAUCUUGUCGAUCAUCACCGUGAGCAUCUGGUGCGCCAUCUAUCAGAUGAUGUGGUACUGGACUGGUUUGGAAGAACCAUUGCAGGAAAGGAAAUGCUGCUGAAUUUCUUUCAACAAGAGACUCAUAUGGAACACAAACUGGUAUCAGUUGAACCAGCAGGUUAUGUUAAAAUUCAGAGAAGGCCAGCAAUUCGAAAGCUGAGAAAACAAUGUGUACCCGAUCUUAAAGAAACAAUAUUCACAGAUGAAUGCUCUAAAGUAGAAGAUAAGUUUCCAGAAAGUGAGCCUAAACUUCCGUUUUACCAUACAGGUAAGAAAUUCCCCAGGAUACCUGUACAGGUAUGCAAAGAAACAUACAGAUCUGCUUUGCCUCUUAGUAGGUAUGAAAGAGGACAAGGAGAUGAAGAGAACUAUUUUCUUGAAGCUAGUGGUACAAUAGAAUUUGCUAUUACAAAACAGUCCCCUACAUCACCAAAAAAUCUUAAGUUAAUUGCUGACUCGUCCAAGUGGGAGCGGAACUUUAAAUUGCAUCUUUCUUGCAUACUCCCAAAAAACGAAGGUCUUGAUCCUGUCAGAAACUUGGAAAUUUUUCAAAUAAUUUAUAGCAGCACAAGCCGUUGCAGGAAGAAUCUCUUUCAGGCAUUUAGCCAAGCAUAAAAAUGCAUGGGACAGAAAGAUUUUAGUACUGUGAUAACUUUGUAAAAUAGACUCCAUAAUUUGCUGGUUGUCCAUUAUGUAACUGUUUGAACCAUGAUGCUGUGUAUUGCUUGUUCUGUUUUCAAUGUGGGAGAUACUGAGAGAAUCCUUUUUAGUUAUUGGAGAAAGAAAGAUACUCCGUAUUGGUACUGAUAUGUUCUAGACUAAUUUCACAUCCUUUUGUAUUUAUGUACAGUUGAAGGAAUUAGCUCAUUUCAUAGGUGCAGUUUAAUGGCUCUUUCAUAUGUGUGGUUACCAUUUACUUGGUAUGAGAAUUUAAUUGCUACAGUACACGUAGUAGUAAAUGAAACUUCAAAAAAUGUGGUGCUACUGUAAGAAAAAAAAAUGUUGCUGAUCACCAGAGAUUGAAGAUAUUUCAGUUUUUAAUUCACAUAAUGGACUUUUGACAGUUUGUUCAGUGGAAAAGCAAGUAUUAAUUCAAAAGGUGGAAUGAACUAGUGUUUUGUCAGUUCAUCUCUUGCAAUCAUGUGUCACUUCUGUUUUCCAUGAUCACAUGAUAGACAUUUGACAUUACUUCUGUGAUUAUGUAUUACAUAUAUUUUUUACUCUGUUAGCAGAAUAUAUAUUCUUUUUUACGUGAGCAGUGGUAUUGCAUUAGUAAUUGUCAGAUGUGUAAGUACUGAAGGUUUAAAGUACAAAUAAUUUUUAGAUAAUGUAUACAUAUAUGUAUUAUUUCUUUUUAAGUGACAGAAGCAUUGUAGUUUGGCUUAUGAAAUCACAUGUCUUAUUUUUUGACAUAACGGCAGUAUGAGUACUUAUAAGUUAAUUUCUGUUCCUGUAAAUUUAAGCCAGGUUACUUUCUGUUCUUUUAUAUGUAAGCCAUUUAAAAAUUUUAUGCAAAUGGAAUCUCAUGUUAAUUAAAAGCAAUAUUUACGAAACAAGAAGUUCAAUCCACCCAGUGCCUGUAUUGUGUAACUGGAUGCUCAGGGGGGAAAAAAGAAGGUUCUUCACCCAAUGCUUGAGAUAUAACACCUGACUGUCUCUUUAAUAUUCUCAAGUAAUUGAGAGGGGUAUAAGGCAAGGACAACUAAUUAAAUGUGAUAUCACUGAUAAUAAGAAAAACCUACUUGAAGGUUACACAGGAGUAACUAUUCAAGUCCAGUUUACAAGAUUCUGAGAAAAUUUA